UGCCUCCUCCUUCCUCCGCGCCUGUCACAGAACAACAAGCCUUCAUACGGAGGACCAUUUAGGCUUCAGCAGACGACAGUCCUAUCCACACCGCUGGAGGGGGGUAUGGCUCGUUAGACAGCGGUCCACUGUCAGUUCACACACAGUGAGAUGCCAAGAAAGUCGCGCUUCACCGACAGAGCUCGUCGAGGGUUUCGCACUGAUUUGUGAGCAGCAUCUCUGCGGUGCUCCUGUUCGUCGACGUUAGCCGGCUUGGCGAGGUGUGAAAAGUCAGUGUCAUGACUGGAGCUGAGACUGAGGAUGAUAUUCCAUUAGGUGAAAGGAAGACUGUCACAGAUUUCUGCUAUCUCCUGGACAAGUCCAAACAACUCUUCAAUGGGCUGAGAGACCUUCCUCAGUAUGGACACAAGCAGUGGCAAUCCUACUUCGGACGGACUUUCGACGUCUACACUAAACUGUGGAAAUUUCAGCAGCAGCACAGGCAGGUUCUGGACAGUCGGUAUGGCUUGAAGAGAUGGCAGAUUGGGGAGGUUGCAUCCAAAAUCGGACAGCUUUACUACCACUACUACCUUCGUACCUCAGAAACAAGUUACCUGAAUGAGGCCUUUUCAUUCUACUCAGCCAUACGUCAGCGGUCCUACUAUUUUCAGGUCAACAAGGAGGACAGGCCAGAAUUAGUAGUGAAGAAGCUUCGGUAUUAUGCUCGCUACAUAGUCGUCUGUUUACUGCUCAACAAGAUGGACCUAGUCAAAGUUUUGGUGAAGGAGCUAUCUGAGGAAAUCGAAGAUUACACACAGCGAUUCAACACAGAGGAUCAGUUGGAGUGGAACCUGGUUCUUCAGGAAGUGGCAGCUUUCGUGGAGGCAGACCCAGUGGUCGUUCUGAAUGACAACAAUUCUGUGGUCGUCAUCAGCAAUCGGCUGCAGGAAGGAAGCGUGCCUCCGCUGGAACAAGGCAUGGUGGUCGGGCAGCUCGUCCUUGCAGACGCACUAAUCAUCGGCAACUGUAACAACCAGGUGAAGUUCAGUGAGUUAACCAUCGAUAUGUUCCGCAUGCUUCAAGCUCUGGAGAGGGAGCCUGUAAACCUAGCUACACAGUCCUCCAAACAAGGAACUCUGGAACCCAAUGAGAAGCCAGCUAAACGAGAAAACCCACACAAGUAUUUGCUGUACAAGCCAACGUUCAGCCAGCUCUUUACUUUCUUGUCUGCCUCUUUUAAGGAAUUGCCUGCCAACAGCGUUCUGCUUGUUUACCUGUCAGCAACUGGAGUCUUCCCCACUGGGCAUUCAGAUUAUGAAGGACCAUAUGAUUUCGGAGGAGUUCUCACCAAUACGAAUCGAGAUGUAGUGAAUGGAGAGACAGUGCAGAAGAGGAAUCAGGCCCAGAAAGAAAUGCACUGCCUUCAUCCCGGGGACUUGUUUCCUUUCACCCGGAAGCCACUUUUUGUCAUUGUGGAUUCUUCAAACAGCACAGCCUACAAGAAUUUCACAAAUCUGUUCGGCCAGCCUCUGGUGUGCCUACUAUCACCUACAGUAUAUCCCAAAAGUGUACAAGAUCAGUCUCAGCGUGGGAGCCUCUUCACUCUGUUCCUCUACAGCCCGCUCUUGGCUUUCUCCUCGGUUUGCGGUUUAAACAGCGUGCGGCGAGGACUGUGGGAGAAGGCUCAAGAAUUUCUUCGCAAGGUUUACCGUGACAUUGGGCAGAUGAUAACGCGAUCACGGACCAUAGAUCAAGCCUUUUUGCAAUUCUUUGGUGACGAGUUCCUCCGACUGCUGCUGAUCCGCUUUGUGUUCUGCUCAGCGGCGCUGAGACUGCAUAAACUGUUCCGGGAGUCCCGGAGCUUCCCGGAGUCGUACCCGGAGCUGCCCAAACAGGACACGGUGGAGAGCAGCCUCCUACAGAAGCAUAUUUUGGAGCUGGCGACCAUGCUGGACGUGCAGAGCCUUUUUUGGGACGAUUCACUGGAAGCCUACUAACAUCUUCACAGAAGGGGGGCAACAUGGCAAACAUGUACAUACAGACUCGACUGCCAGAGCCCUCACAGUUCUCCUUCUGUUGGGUUUUUUUUUUUUGUUUUUUUUUAAACAGGUAAUGAAAUAACUGAUUCAGCACAUCCAAGUUCAUGUCCUGCAUUUAACUGUUACUUGUAAAUGUAGUGCAGCAUUAAAACGUUCACAUAGCUAAAGCUAAAGAGACUUUAAUAUAGUGUAAAUUCCCCGUUCUGAGUCUCAGCGGCCUGCCUGGUAAAUAUAAACGUCAUUUAAGACACAAAAACAAACAAAUGAGAGAACUCGAGAAAAAAAAAACAAAAAAAAACCUUUUUUGGACUCAUCGUUCCUCAUCCAAAGGUUCAAAACCUGUGAGUUCCUCAUGUCAGGCAGCUGUGAAGAAGUUGGCCGUGUUGGUUGUGUGAUUUGUUAUGUUUUUUAAAAUAAUAUUUCUCGUUGUUUAUCAGAGGGACGGUUGUGUGAGGGUGAAGGAUGGAGAAUGCGGGGAAAAAUCUAAGUGAGGCUGGUCCUGAGAGGGAGGACAAGUGUGAUGGAAUUAGAAAAGAUUUUUUUUUUUUUUUUUUGGAAACAGCUUGUUUUGUAGCAGGCUGAGGUGCAUCAGCUUUUUUGUUCCGUUGCUUGUCGCAGGACUUUCGCCAGUUGUGAAGAUAUUGCGCUCCUUCCGCGCCGGUUCCUGGCAACCCCCUGCCGUUGUCCGUAGAUUUGGUCCCCUGUGCGUUUUUGAAACAGUAGUUGUUUUGUUUUUUUUUUUCUUAUCACUGUGCUGUAAUCUGCAUGCAAGAAAAGACAAAGACGUGUAUCCAUUUUUGUUCUCUUAUCCACAAAGAAUGGCCUCCACCUUUAGGGAUGGAGGCCACGGUUGUAGAUUUUGAAGUGGCCUGGGUUGUGGAGUUGUGGGUGUGAGCACAUGUGUUUCACAGGCCUGUACAUUUAGAGCUGAGUCGCCAAACAAAGACAAUCUAGCGAAAAGGUAACUAACUUUAUAUGUCACUGAUAACAUUAGCACCAUUCCAUUUAUUACUCUUAUCACGUGACUUGCUGCGUGUUUAGCUCAAACUGAAUCUCAUUGGCAUUGCUUCCUUGUGAACUGCUGGCAGCACCGGUCAUCUCCCUGUCGCCUUUUGUUGGUGAAUGAAGUGGAUGUCCAAACUGAGCCUGCUGAUGGGCCUUAAACCUGAGCAACCUGAGGAGCUUGUGUGUGCUUGUGACCGAGGCACAGUUAUGCUGAGGCAGUGCGGUCGGUUGGCAGUGGAAGGGGCUUCCCAUGAUUCCCUGGGCUUUGAUAUAGGCCAGUAUAUUAUCAUUCGUCCCUUGAUCUCUGGGUCGUCCCUGUGUUUGACUUCAGCAAGCUGCUGUCAGAAUUAAACCCCUCAUGCAGUCUCACAGUGCAGUCUUAUAAAAAUCAACUGUGUGCAAACCACGUUCAAACUAUUUGAGGAUAUUGUGUAUAAUUGUGUAUAAUAGUUCUUGUGCCUCACAGAACAGACCAGUCAUCAUUAACAGGGGCCAUUGUAACCUCAGUUUCUGCCCCAGGCAUCAGUGUCACACCCUGACAUUUGGUUCAAGACAAAAAAAAAAAAAACGAGUGAGCAAACACCACUGA